AUGAUCUUCGUCUACGAGUUCAUGAAAAACGGAACCCUCAGAGACCAUCUCUACAGAUCCGACGCUUCCACCACCACGAUGCUGAAUUGGAAGCAGAGGCUCGAGAUCUGCAUCGGGUCGGCCAAAGGCCUGCACUAUCUUCACACCGGAUCCGACGGGGGGAUCAUUCACAGGGACGUCAAGUCGACGAACAUCCUGCUCGACGAGAAUUUCGUCGCGAAGGUGGCCGAUUUCGGGCUCUCUCAGGCGGGUCUGCCCGAUCCGGACCACCACAGCAUGGCGCUGAAAGGGAGCUUCGGGUACCUCGACCCGGAAUUCUUCCGGACGUUUCAGCUCACCGAUAAAUCGGACGUUUAG